GGCUCUGCCCUCCCUGGCAGCUCGAGGGAAAAUGAACAAGAUGAAAAACUUCAAGAGGAGGUUUUCGCUGUCGGUGCCGCGCACGGAGACCAUYGAGGAGUCGCUGACGGAGUUCACGGAGCAGUUCAACCAGCUCAACAACCAGAGGAAUGAAGACCUGGCCCAGGGCCACCUGCAGCUGUCGCAGUUGGGCAGGGACCUGGCCGCGGACGGCAGCCCCGGGACCCCGCCGGGCGGGCAGGGCCGCUCCCCGGUGGCCGCCGUGCGCUACCGCAACCACGGCCAGCGCCGCUUCUCCAUGGAGGCAAGUGCGGGGGGACCUGGGGACCUCUGGGUGUCACCUCCCCGCUGGCUGCAAGGCACGCCCAGUUUGGUGCUGCCUCCGUCUGAACCCACCCUGGGCUCAGCUUCCACGGCUCCCCCGGACCUGGCCCAGGGCCACCUGCAGCUGUCGCAGUUGGGCAGGGACCUGGCCGCGGACGGCAGCCCCGGGACCCCGCCGGGCGGGCAGGGCCGCUCCCCGGUGGCCGCCGUGCGCUACCGCAACCACGGCCAGCGCCGCUUCUCCAUGGAGGCAAAUUCCCCCAUCACCAGUGAUGUUUUCCUGUCUCUCUUCCAGUCAGAUAUUGGCUUUGGGAAGCUGGAAACCUACGUCAAACUGGACAAACUGGGAGAGGGCACCUACGCCACGGUGUUCAAGGGGCGCAGCAAACUGACGGAAAACCUGGUGGCGCUGAAGGAAAUCCGCCUGGAGCACGAGGAGGGCGCUCCUUGCACGGCAAUCAGGGAAGUGUCACUGCUCAAGAACCUCAAGCACGCCAACAUCGUCACCCUGCACGACAUCAUCCACACCGAGCGCUCGCUCACGCUCGUCUUCGAGUUUCUGGACAAUGACCUCAAGCAGUACCUGGAGAACUGCGGGAACCUGAUGAGCGUGCACAAUGUGAAGAUCUUCAUGUUCCAGCUGCUCCGAGGCCUGGCUUAUUGCCACGGCAGGAAAAUCCUACACCGGGACCUCAAACCCCAGAACCUGCUGAUCAACGAGCGGGGCGAGCUCAAGCUGGCUGAUUUCGGAUUAGCCCGGGCCAAGUCGGUGCCUACAAAAACCUACUCCAACGAGGUGGUGACGCUGUGGUACCGGCCCCCUGAUGUCCUGCUGGGCUCCACCGAGUACUCCACGCCCAUCGACAUGUGGUGAGGCUGAACUCAGAGCUCCAA